CGAUCACGGGGCGCGCACUCGGGCCGCGGCGGCGGGGCGGCGGGGCGCGGCUGCAGGCGGCGCCCGGAGCCGGGAUGCUGGGCGGCUCUGCGGCCCGCGAGGCGGGCGCGGCGCUGCUGGCGCUGGAGGACCAGGAGAAUGUGGACCCUGCGCGGGCGCCCGCCCCGCAGCCGCGCACCCGCGCCGCGCUGGCGGUGCUCAAGGCCGGGAGCCUGCGCGGGCCGCCGCCGCCGCCGCCGCCGCAGCUGCAGCGGCCCAAGGCGCGCCGGGUUGCACCUCUUAAGGAUCUUCCUGUAAACGAUGAGCAACUCACUGCUGCUCCCUGGAAAGCAAACAGUAAACAGCCUGCAUUCACCAUCCACGUGGAUGAAGCAGAAGAGCCACAGAAAAGGCCUGAUGAACCCAAAAAAGAAUGCGAAGAUAUCCUGGCGUUUAAUUCAGCUAUUAGUUUACCUGGACCGAGAAAACCACUGGUACCUCUUGAUUGUCCAAUGGAUGGUAGUUUUGAGUCCCCACACACUAUGGACAUGUCAGUUAUUCUGGAAGAUGAAAAACCAGUGAAUGUGAAUGACGUACCAGACUACCAUGAGGACAUACACACAUACCUUAGGGAGAUGGAGGUUAAAUGUAAACCUAAAGUAGGUUACAUGAAGAAACAGCCAGAUAUCACUAACAGUAUGAGAGCUAUCCUUGUGGACUGGUUAGUGGAAGUAGGAGAAGAAUAUAAACUACAGAAUGAGACGCUGCAUUUGGCAGUGAACUACAUUGAUAGGUUCCUCUCAUCAAUGUCAGUGUUGAGAGGAAAACUUCAGCUGGUGGGCACUGCGGCUAUGCUGUUGGCCUCAAAGUUUGAAGAAAUAUACCCCCCCGAAGUAGCAGAAUUUGUGUACAUUACAGAUGAUACCUAUACCAAGAAACAAGUCCUGAGAAUGGAGCACCUAGUUCUGAAAGUCCUUGCUUUUGAUUUGGCUGCACCAACAGUAAAUCAGUUUCUUACCCAAUACUUUCUACACCAGCAGUCAGCAAACUGCAAAGUUGAAAGUUUAGCAAUGUUUUUGGGAGAGUUAAGUCUGAUAGAUGCUGAGCCAUACCUCAAGUAUUUGCCAUCCGUUAUUGCUGGGGCCGCCUUUCAUUUAGCACUCUACACUGUUACAGGACAAAGUUGGCCUGAAUCACUGGUUCAAAAGACUGGAUAUACUCUGGAAAAUCUUAAGCCUUGUCUCAUGGACCUUCACCAAACCUACCUCAGAGCACCACAGCAUGCACAGCAGUCAAUAAGAGAAAAGUACAAACACUCAAAGUAUCAUGGCGUUUCUCUCCUCAACCCACCAGAAACACUAAAUGUGUGACAGAGGCUAUAUUGGUUUACUAAGGUGUAAAUCAAAGUAUAUGAUGUACAGUUUUUAUUUGAGGUUUUAAGUUUUACAAUCAUUUCUGAAUACUGAAGUUAUAGUCAAGUACAAAUUAUGGUAUCUAUUGCUUUUUUUAAAUGGGUUAAAUUUGUGUAUCUUUUGUACAUUUUACACUAUCUUAGAUAUCUGGCUGAUUUUAAGUGGUUUUAUUAACAUUAAUGACACCUGUCAAGAUGAUAAAAAUAAAUAAAUUGAUUUGGAAAACUUGGAAUAAGUCAAAUUUAA